AACAACAUACAGCUUUCAAAUUCACAACAUUACAUCCAGCGAAGCAGAGAGAGAGGGAAAACACAACACAACACAACACAGCACCGUCAUCUUCUCUCCGACUCAAAAGAGUUUUGAGUUUUCUCUCAAAAUGAUAGACCCCUACGGUUUCGGGUGGAUCACAUGCACCCUCAUCACCCUUGCUGCACUCUACAAUUUCCUUUUCUCUCGUAAAAACCAUUCAGAUUCAACAACCACCGAGAACAUUACAACCGCUACCGGAGAAUGCAGAUCUUUUAAUCCCAACGGCGAUGUUGAUAUCAUCAUUGUCGGUGCUGGUGUCGCCGGCUCCGCUCUCGCUUACACUCUCGGCAAGGAUGGACGACGAGUACUUAUUAUUGAAAGAGAUCUGAAUGAACCAGACCGAAUUGUUGGAGAGUUGCUACAACCUGGAGGUUAUCUCAAAUUGAUUGAACUGGGACUUGAUGAUUGUGUGGAGAAAAUUGAUGCUCAGAAAGUGUUUGGGUAUGCUCUUUUCAAGGAUGGGAAACAUACGAGACUCUCUUAUCCCUUGGAAAAGUUUCACUCAGAUAUCGCUGGAAGAAGCUUUCACAAUGGGCGUUUUAUUCUGAGAAUGAGAGAGAAAGCUGCCUCCCUUCCCAAUGUACGGUUGGAGCAAGGAACAGUCACUUCCCUGCUCGAAGAGAAUGGUACAAUUAAAGGUGUACAGUACAAAACGAAAGAUGCUCAGGAAUUUUCAGCAUGUGCACCUCUUACCAUUGUUUGUGAUGGUUGUUUCUCAAACUUGCGCCGUUCUCUUUGUAAUCCUAAGGUAGAAGUCCCCUCUUGUUUUGUUGGCUUAGUUUUAGAAAAUUGUGAACUUCCAUGUGCAGACCAUGGUCACGUCAUACUAGGAGAUCCUUCACCGGUUCUGUUCUAUCCCAUAAGUAGUACAGAAAUUCGCUGUCUGGUUGAUGUUCCUGGUCAGAAGGUUCCAUCUAUUUCCAAUGGUGAAAUGGCAAAGUAUUUGAAGACAGUGGUAGCUCCACAGGUACCCCCUGAGCUUCAUGCCGCUUUCAUAGCUGCAGUGGACAAAGGCCACAUAAGGACAAUGCCAAACAGAAGCAUGCCAGCCGAUCCUUAUCCCACCCCGGGAGCCCUUCUGAUGGGAGAUGCAUUCAACAUGCGCCAUCCCCUAACCGGGGGUGGGAUGACUGUGGCAUUAUCUGAUAUAGUAGUGCUGCGAAAUCUUCUGAAGCCUUUACGGGACCUGAAUGAUGCAUCUAGCCUUUGUAAAUACCUUGAAUCCUUCUAUACCUUGCGUAAGCCAGUGGCAUCCACCAUAAAUACGUUGGCAGGAGCACUUUACAAGGUUUUCUGUGCAUCACCUGAUCCAGCAAGGAAAGAAAUGCGUCAAGCUUGCUUUGAUUAUCUGAGUCUUGGGGGUUUAUUUUCAGAAGGACCAGUCUCUUUGCUUUCAGGAUUAAACCCUUGCCCCCUGAGUUUGGUUCUUCAUUUCUUCGCUGUUGCGAUAUAUGGUGUUGGUCGUUUGUUGCUACCAUUUCCUUCCCCUAAACGCUUAUGGAUUGGAAUACGAUUAAUCGCUAGUGCAUCCGGAAUCAUCUUGCCCAUUAUUAAGGCAGAAGGAAUCCGUCAAAUGUUCUUCCCUGCAACUGUUCCAGCUUAUUAUAGAGCUCCUCCAGAUGCAUAAAUCUGUAUUUAGUGAAUACGUCUUUAAAAGUCAAGGUGAUUCCAAGAUGAGCUAGCAUUGUUUUCAGUUAGAAAUCUAAUGGAUUCGAUUGAAACGUAAAAAUUAUGGCUUUUAAGUUUGAUUCUUUAUGGAGUAAAUAUUACAUUGCUGGGUUCUUCUGUUUUUGUAUUUGUCUGAAUUUUAUCUUUACAUUUUAUAGCUGGUUGUUAUUUCAUAUCAUUUGAUUGAAACUUCAAGGAGUAAAACAAAUUCUUGCAAGACGCAAAGGGGACGGUGCGUUUUGUAGAAGUUUAUUAAUACCUAA